GAUCAUCCGCGCGUGUCGUCCGAUGAGUGAUACCUGCGAGUGACGAUCAUGGCUCAGGCACCAGAAACGACUCCGGUGCAUUGCUACACCAACCCGUCGUUCUGCCGGCAGUCGGAGUAUAUCCCGGACGACCAAGCGAGCAACGGCCUACCGCCGCCGCCGCAGUUCCAAGGGAAUGACGACUUGCCGCCUCCGCCGCCGCCGCUGCAGCUGCAGUAUUACGCGGGCCAGAGCAACCCGGGCUUCCAGGAGCCGCCGGAGACGGCGGGCGUGCGCGAGUCGCGCGAUCGCUAUUGUUACCUGGACGAUAACAGGCCGCUCACGCACAGGCGCUACGCCAGUCUUCCGGUGGAGGAGCCUCGCGUGACCUACAGCCAGUCGUCGCGUUACGAGUACAUCCAGCAGGACGACGAGCGCGACCGGUUGACGCGGAGGGGCUCCUCGAGGUAUGAGUUCAUUCCGCAGCAGCAGGUGCAACAACGUUCCGCGCCGUCGACCAACCAAGACGAUCGAGGAGGGCCGCAGACGCAGACCUGUCGCGCUGCUAAUGCCGGUAGAUACGCGCUUAUACCGGGUGAGCAGGACUACCAGGACGAAGGCGCGCAAUGGAGGAUCGUCCAGUCAGCACCGCGGCACAUCAACACUCCGCAGGGCCGUUACAGCAGAGUACCCCUGCAGGAGGAGAAUCCGCCGGCGCUCCCCGAGAGAAAUGCGCAGGAGCUCUCGACGUCUCCGAAGAACAACUUGGCCACGCAGAAGCUGCACGAGAUAUUGGCCACGCCCAGGAAGCCGAGAUCCAGGUCCGAGGAGAGAACGCUCUCGCCGAGGAGACACCACUCUUUCAACCGGACCAGCACGCCGCAGAGGAGGGCGCUUACUCCUGGCAGCUCCCCGAAUGAUCGCACCUUCAGUCCAACGCGUCUGACACCUCAAGGCACACCGCAGAGCCGAACCUUCUCGUUCGCAGGACCUCAGACGUCGACACCUAACAAGGAACCGUCAGCUCGCAGAUGCCUCCCCUUGCAGGAAAAGCCAUCGCGACAACAAGACGUCUGCCCAGCCAGCAACUGCGGCCGGCUUCGUUACGUGGGAACCGCCCCGGUCGACUUGAUAAACAUGAGCCACAGCGAGCCGCCACCCCGUUACGCUUACAUGGAGAGCAACUUGGAGUCCAUGCCAAUGGUGUCCGGAUCGCCUAGGUAUCAGGUGAUGCCUGCUGACCAGAAGAACUACCAAAGCGUCGAGAGCGCGUUCAUGGCUCGUACGGCCGUGGUGCCGCCGUUAUCACCGCCCAACAGCGACGCGAAUACGACCCUGGCGAGCGGCGCGGAAAAAGGAGACAGGAAGAACGCGCCGUUCCUUUUGAUACUGGUCGGCGUUUUAACCUGCGGCCUCGCCCUAUACUUGUCCUGGUCGCAAGGAAGAAGGUACUACUUCGACAGCGCGGCCGGCUGCGGUGCUUGCUGUACACUAGCUGGCGCGUGCAGGAGUCUACGAAGGACUUGGACAGGACUCGGUCUAGCCGGACUGUCGGCGUUAAGCUGCGCGGGCCUUCUGCUACUCGCCGUGAAAUCUCCGAAAGAUGGGACGCCUCUUCACGACAUCACAGCUGGUGCUUUGUGCGGUGUGUCGGUCUUGGGAGCUGGUCUGGCACUAUUGGCCCUUUUGUCGCCGAGGUGCAGCCUCGGACGUCAUCGACGAGUGCACUCUUGGAUACCCCGAUUCUCCCCUUAGCAUGUUAAGCAUUCUCGGCGGUCACCGCGGUCGUUUGGGAACACAGAAUAAGUAAGGGUAGGCAGGCCAGGCGUAUCGCGGAAGUGUCUUUUCGUUGGGAGGAAAUGCGAGCAUCGCUUACCAGCUGAGACAAAUUCUCUAAUAUCCCCCGUUUCACGAACAAAAGAAAACGCGAGUAGACACAGAUGUAACAUCACCAAUCGACCCGUGCAAGAAGUGCAGCGUAUACGAGGACAGGCAUUUUUCUUUCUUGCGCCUCUUCUCUUUUUUCAAAGCGCGCUCAUCGAAAUGAAAUUAGUUUUCAACAAUCUGAAAUUUGUAUAAAGGAUAAGUCAUUUAUAAAUGUAAGCGCGUUCAUGCGUUCAUGAUCGCGUUUACUGUAUAAGUGUGGAAAUUUACAUUUACGACUCAUGAUGUAAAAUGAGCCGAAAUGUAUGAAGUUCUUCAACACAACACGCACUUUCUUCACGUCCACGGAUGCUUGCGUAUACACACGCGAUUUUUCUAUCUCAUUAUUAAAAGUUAGCGUUACUCCAAUCUAUUCUGAAAUGCAUGAAACUGUAUAAUAAGUAAGAAUAAGCAAUACUUGUGUUCUUAUAUUAGAAAAUAAUAGUCUAGUGUGCCACUUUCUUCUGCAUAAUAUACGCUGUGAAGGAUGUAUAAAAUUAUAAAUGUUUUUGCAUAGUGCAAAGUACACGCAAAAAUAAAUUGUAGCAUCGCUCAAUAUGUUACGGAAAUGAUAAACAAAUAUUUUUUUACGCAACAUAUGAUAAUUUACGCGAUGUUAACGUAUGAGUUAUAGAAUUUCGUACAGCUCCAACGAUCGCCUGAUCAAACAUACGUUCGGGCUAGGACUAUCUCACUCAGUGUAUAAUAUCCUUAGUUAAAUUUAAGACGACUUUAGACAUAAGAUCUAACUAUGAAUAUCGCCCGCAUGUAUAAUAUCUAUAUAACAUGGAGCAAAUCAAAUGUCACAAAUUGCAUAGUUUAUUUGAAACCAAUAAAAAUAAAACUGACACAGACAUGCGCAACACUCCGGCAGAGUCUUCUUUUUCCUGACGAAUUCAAGUUCGACGAAAGGCGGAGUCGACGGUGAGGAUAUUCGUUAUCGUGGUUGCGCUAAGAAGGAAGUUAAGCUGCGUUUAGUUGUCAAGCGUCCGGUACGUACAAUAUCGAAUUUAUUCAAUAACGAGUUCUCAAAAUAAAACACGAUCAGAAAACUUUUACAAAAAAGUAA